AUGUCUCUCCAUGCUGAUGGCGAUGACAGAGGCUUGACAGAGGAUGUGGCCAAAGAGCUAUGCCAAUGCUUUCGGAAAUCCUGGGAGCUCUCGCUCGGAGAUCUCGGCCAAAGCUGUCGAGAGGCAGUCGCCGCCUCCUGCGGCCAAAGAAAGCUCUCAGAUGAGGCUCUGACUACGGAGGUAUGCAGCUGGCGCCAAGCAGAAGUCCAGCUUCAAUCAAUGGCAAAGGCUGUUGAAGGAGGUCAGAUGCCCGGGGCUAGUGUCGAGAAGCUGGUGAGAUCAUGGUUGGAUGCUUCUGUGGAGGAGGUGGAGAGGAGAACGACCGACGCUCGCGAUGGGCAGCUCUUCAACGAGCGUUUCUUGGCUUCUUUCCCGGUUCAGGGUGACGCUGGGUUGGAGCAAGCAGUGGCUGCUGAGCUUCAGGGGCACGCUAAACUGUUGGGAACGAUCCUGAAAUCAGAGGUUCCGCUUCAGACGAAGCGUGCUUGUAAAAAACAGCUUGGAGCCACGAUCCAGGGCGGCUGCGAGGUUCUGUCUGAGGCAGUCGUGGAGGCUGUCUUGGAGGCUGCUGCUGCCCUGAGCGAGGGCCGCUGCGUGGAGGCCUCACGCCGGCUCUGGACGGCACCUGCAGUGGAAGCAGCGCCAUUGGCGAAAGAGGUGCCCAAGGCACUGCAUUUGCUUUUCUGGCUUUGGUGCGGUGCUGUACCAGCUUCAGUCCGAUUUGCACAAAAGGCAUUGCAGGCGAGCGAGUCCAUGAAGGCACGUGAGCGCAACACAUCCUGUUCCAUUACGUUCCGGGAGCUUCGUGAAGCUUCGGAGUCAGGCUCCACUGGCCUUUUCGCCAUCAAGCCUGCCCGAUCUGCUCGGCAAGUGCGCGCCUUUGUGUGCUAUGCAGGCAAGCACUGCAGCUCACAGAAGACAUGA